AUGCGUUCAGCUCUGUCCCUUGUCGCCGUCCUUGCAGCAAGCUUUGUUGCAUUCGCGACGCCAAUUGAACGCCCCACUGGACCCUGUGUGGCUGAACACUGUUCAGAGGAUCUUCAAAAUGUCAUAUUCAAGAGUGACUCUAUUCGGGCUCCCAUCACUCGUCCUCGAGGACUGAGCAAUGCCGAGCGGCUACAAAGGGGAAUGACACUCAACCCUCCCGUCCGUAGAGGUACGUCUACUGGCGUUCGCCGACAAGCACCAUCGUCUUUCCCAGCAUUAAGAAGGAGGGGGCACUUGCAACUCAUACGGUCUGACACUGACGAACCUCUCGGCUUCAUCUCCAAGAGAUCACUCAACAGGGGGCAACUCCAGUUCGAAUCCGAUCCUGCAGACGCAGUUGUCUUCAAUUUUAGGGCUGACGACACUUCUACGGUUCAGCGACGCUUGAGAGGGUCUUCUACCAUUUUCCGCCGUUUGAGAAUCACAAUUGAGAACUCGAACCUCACCGAUCCGAACAUACUUCUGGGGUUGGUUCAAGGUAGGGAUGAUGCAACGCCUGACAUCGGCAUUGGAUCUUUUAAUUAUCUGUACUUCGCGGGCGUUUCACCUCCGGGCACUGCUCCCCGUGCAAAACCCACUGUCAUCCCCAAUGCCUUCACUGAUGUUACGCACAUCAAAAGAGCAGUGGAAACUGACAUUUGGAUUGUUAACCUCUCCACUGGACUUAUCACUGCGCAGUGGAUCAAUACUAAUGGCUCAAAACCGAAAACAAAGUUUUUCUCUCAACAUGGAAGGUUGUACGCUGGAGGUGACUUUGCCGCUUUCUCCUCUAAGUAUGGUCACAAGGUCGUCCCAUUCAAAUUCAAAAUCAUCGAGAUUUGA